UCAACAUGUGCUCCGUUUGAGUAAUUUGUUUAAAAGUUUUGUGAAUAAUCUGUAGUUUUCUCGGAAAACGGCACCAACAGGAUAAAAGAAAGACCAUGGGUAAGAUUCCAUUGUUCCACGAGUCUGACCAGGAGGAGGAAAAGGAUGAAAUCGAGUUUAAGACCAACAAAAGUUACGCCAAACACUACGAUGAGUUUCGCAAGAAGGAGGUUUUGGGGCAAUUGAAAAACUUGGACUCAGAGGGUGAAUCUUCGUCCAGCGAGGAUGAAACGACGGACGAGGAAGUGGUCGAUCCGGACUUUGAUAAAGAAUUUUUCAGAACGCUGGCUUACUUGAAGCGGCGUGAUCUGGCAAAGUACGAGGAAAAACCCUCGUUCUUCGAAAAUGUUAAACCGGUGGAGGAAGUAGCGUUGGAGAAGCGAAAGAAAAAGGAGAAACCGAUGACCCUGAAGGACUACGAAAGGAAGGUGAUUAUGGAGAAGGGUGGAGUCUACGAGGAUGAAGAUGAGAAUCCACGGCAGCAACCGAGACCGGAGUCGCCUUCGUUGGUGCAGCAGCAGGAGCAGAUCAAGAACGAGAUCAGACAGGCGCUUAGCAAGAUUGAUACGGACGAUGAGGCAGAGGAAGAAGAGAAGGGUGGACUACUAAAGGAGAGGAGUAAAAGCAAGGAGGAAAAUGAACGGGAACAAGCGGAUUACUUGUCUUGGUUGUCGGAUAAAAAAGCUAAGGAUGUUCCUUCGGAGGAGGUAAAACCGCUGCAACCGUUGAAGGAAUUCUGGAGCAGUAAGUCGCUGUCCAAGGAGGAUGCAUUUUUGAAGGAUUACAUUCUGAACAAAAGAUUCGUUGAUAAUUCCGGAGAAGUACCAUCCUACGAUGACAUAGUGGCCACGUCGGAAGAUGAGGAGGAACUCGAGAAGCAGGAGGAAUACGAAAGGCAGUAUAAUUUCAGAUUUGAGGAACCGGAUGCGGAGUACAUCAAAAGGUAUCCUAGAAAUGUAGAAGAAUCGGUUCGCAUUGAGCGCAAUAGGAGAAAGGAGCAGAGACAGGUUUUGAAAGAGCGAAAGCAACGAGAAAAAGAACAGCAGAAACGGGAGUUAGAAGAGUUGAAGGCAAUUAAAUUGCAGGAAAUCAAAGACAGAAUUCAAAAGUUGAAGGAAAUUGCAGCGACGGAGAAUAUGACACUGAACGAGGAGGAAUUGGAAUCGGAUUUCGAUCCGGAAGAGCACGACCGGCGGAUGCAACGGAUGUUUGAUGACGACUACUAUGGGAUCGAUGAAGGUGACCAGAAGCCGGAGUUUCCAGACUUGGACGAAGAGAUGGGCAUUGAGAAUUAUGAUCGCGAAAAGAUUGAUGCAGAUGGACAGCAACAGAAUGCUGAUGGACCGUACUGCGAGGACGAUGACUUUGUAAUGGAUGCCGACUACGAGGAGAAUCAGAAGAAGAAGAAAGAUAAGAAAGAUCUAGAGGAAGAACUGCUGGAGGCCAGUGGUUCCAAGAAGACAAAGAAAGGCAAGAAAAUUUCCAAGUUUGCGGAAGCGCUGAAGAAGGAAAAGCCACUGUUCGAUCCGGAAGACGAGAAGACCUACGGAGAGUACAUCGACGAGUACUACAAGCUCGAUUACGAGGACAUAAUUGGAAACACACCAUGUCGCUUCCGGUACGUGGAAACGUUGCCGAAUGAUUUCGGAUUGACCGUGGAAGAGAUUUUGAUGGCCAACACUCGAGAGCUAAAUCGAUGGGCUAGCGUGAAAAAGACCGUUCAAAUUCGACCGAAAUACUCAGAAUUGAGUGAAAUUGAAGUCUACAAACGGAAGGCUCAAAAUGAAGAACUCAAAAGGAAAAUCCUGCCAAGUUUGUAUACUCCACAGGACGAAAAGAGUGACGAAGACGACGAAAUCAAGCAGAAAAAGGUAAACACGAUAACCAAACUGGACGACCAGGAUUCGGUCGAGAAUCCUGAAACCGUCUCAGCGGAAGGUAAAAAGAAGAAAAAGAAAAAGAAGAAACCAACUGUGGAUGAAAGUUCUAUAAAGGAUGAGAAAUCGGAUGAGAAAUCGGAUGCUACGGAAGAAACUGUCGAAGCAACAGAAACGAGUGCAGAAAAUAAGAAAUCCAAGAAGAAACGUAAGAAUACCGAACAUGUUGAACAACUCGAAGAAACCACGACGGCUGAAAAGCAAGAAAAACCUGCAAAGGAGCAUCAAAAGUCGAAGAAACGUAAACGUGAAGAUACCGAGCAGGUUGCAUCCGAAGAGAACAAACCACACUCGAAGAAAAUAAAACACCAAACGUUCAAUAAGGACCGCAAGCACAAGAGCCACUUCGAGUCGAACCAAGCGCCCACGAAUGUUACCGACAGCCGACUGCGGGCGUUCGGUAUCAAUCCGAGAAAGUUCCACAAUAAGCUUAAGUACGGCGGCAACCAGAGUAAGCAAUCUGGUGAUGCAGCAGAGCAACAUCAUAAUGAAAGUCAGCAUAAGCAUCAGAACCAGCGCGGGAAGUUUGGUAAUAAGGGUGGAAAGUUCAAAAAUAAGCAUUGGGGCAAAAAGUAGAAUGCGCGAAAGUUAUAAGCGCCAGAGAAUGUAGAU